UAUAUAUAGUCUUUAAAUCACAAUUGAAUCUGUAAAAUGUAGGUGACGAACAGUCUCGAUAUCAAGCUCAAGUAGAGAACUUUCGUGUCCGUAGUCAUAUACAGUGAAAUACAUGUAAAUCGUGGAAAGGUACAGUAGAGCUUCGGAGAUGUGGGGACGUGAACCCUCGGUCUCAGUUGCGUUAAAUCCAGAACAGCAACUACUCGUUUAUCUGCCGGGGGCGGCCGGAACCUAUGCCACCAUUCAACAUCAGCCUUCUCUGCCACAAAUUGUGAACGAUCAGUCGCAGAAUAAUGGCAGCGUACAUAUGUAUGCAGGUCACCAAAAAGGGGGGUCGCAGCUUGGAACAGUCUUGAAGAAAUCAACAGCGAGGAUUAGUGACGAUAGUGGCACCAUCGCUGGCAAAGAGAAACAUGACGUUACAAGAGUAUCUUUCUCCGCUCAAGAGAGAGAAUUAAAUGAUGAUAUUUUCUCCAGGAGAGCAAGCUUCAAAGUGAAAGUGGACAGUAUGGAAAAAAUGGUUCAAGAGCUACAACGGAAGCAACUUCAAGGGCGUAAUCAAGCCAGCGUUCUUCUAGAAAGAACUGAUCCUGAGAGGUGUUGUCCGGUAGGCCUAACUCUAGAUAAGAGAAAGCAAAGCCCCACGAACAAAAGCGACGUUGCGACUAUACAAGUGGUACUUGGUAAUGACGGGAACGCGGUUGUACAAAGGAUUUCUUCAACGGAGGACGUUAACGGCCUACUGUGCGAUUCUCGCUGCAAGCCAAUCAAUAUCAGCAACGCAAAGCACCAUGGGCCUUCGUUCCGAAAUGGGGUUGGAAGUGCUCUUGCGAACGCACUUACAGACGUCGAGUUCGAAUUGAGGACUCAUAUCGCUAGCCUUAAAACGACUGAUGGCCAGAAACUGAUGAACGUUUGUCCUGAAAUCAAAAUCGUUCUUGAUGCAUACAGCAAGGCUCUUGAUAAGGCUAAAAGUGAGGCAGGAUUAACGGAAGGAAGAGAUCGAGCUUCACAAGUGGCGAUUCUACCAAAAACGCUAAGUGAACUCAAGUUGGAAAGUGUCCUUACGGACUGCCUUUCAUUACUCGCGCGAGAAAACGACGACACUUCGAGUUUUAAGAUGACUGAUUCCAAAUAUAACUCGUCUAACCAAAGGUAACUGUCAGCUUUUCGUCGAAACGGACAUUUUAAUAUAAAAAAAAACUUAACAGGAUACACAAAAUUGAAUAAA